CUGAUAUUGGGAAAACACCUGUUUCAACAAAAGAAUCUGCAAUGAAAUCUAAGGACAUGGAAAUGACAAUGAACAAUGAUGAAUUGAGGGAAAUGAUAGAUGAGAUCAAUAAGGACAUUGAAUACAUGCAAUUGAAAUCCUCAGAAAAAUUAAGGAGGCGUUGUCGGCACACAUUGAACAAACCAUUUGUUUCAAUGAAGAAUAAUCUCUGCAAGUUAUUUCAAGGUGAUAAAUCAGUUAUGAUAUCAUGGAGUAAGCCUGGCAAUGGUGCUUUUAGAUUGAAUGUUGAUGGAUCCAAGUCUAAUGGUGGUUUGAUUGGUGCGGGGGGAGUGCUUAGAGACGGUUCUCCAGUUAGGAGUGUUACAGGCUGAGGCUUGGGGAAUUGAGUGAUUAAGAAUAUUGUUGUGGAGUCUGACUCUACUGUUUUGGUCAGUAUCCUCCAAAGAAAUGACUUUAUCCUUCACCCUCUUGGUACUCUGUUCAGGAAUUGCAGGCAUUUAGUGGAUUAUUUUGAUGAUUGUCAACUCAAACAUAUGGUGGUGGCUGAAUUGCUUGCUAAGGAGA